AUGUCAGCAGUUGUGACUAUUCGUCAAACAACAAAUACAACAAUGAAUACAAAUAAUAAUAAUAAUAAUAAUAAUGAUAAUAAUAAUAAUAAUACACAAACACCUGUACGUUCAUAUGGUAUAACACAACCAAUAUCAACAAAAUUUCCUGAUCCAUUGGAUAUUAUAGCAACAAAAAAUCUUGAAGAUACAUUACGUUCAUAUGAUUAUUUUGAAUCAAGUGAAGAAUUAUCACAUCGUGUACAAGUUAUGGCUAAAUUAAAUGUACUUGUACGAGAAUGGAUACGUAAUGUUUCAUUAGCAAAAAAUGUACCACCAGAAAUUGCUGAUACUGUUGGUGGUCGUGUACAUACAUUUGGUUCAUAUCGACUAGGUGUUCAUUCAAAAGGUGGUGAUAUUGACACUCUUCUUAUUGCUCCAAGACAUAUUGAUCGUACAGAUUUUUUCACAUCAUUUGUUGAAUAUCUUCGUCGACAACCAGAAGUUCGUGAUUUACGUGCCAUUGAAGAAGCAUAUGUACCUGUUAUUAAAUUAACAUUUGAUGGUAUUGAAUUAGAUAUGUUAUUUGCACGUUUGGCAUUAGCAACUAUACCAGAUAAUCUUGAUUUGAAAGAUGAUAAAAUUUUACAUAAUUUAGAUCAUCGUUGUGCACUUAGUUUAAAUGGUUGUCGUGUAACAGAUGAAAUUCUUGAUUUAGUACCUAAUCGUGAAACAUUUAAAUCAACCUUACGAGCAAUUAAAUUAUGGGCAAAAAAAAAUGGUCUUUAUAGUAAUGCAUUAGGUUUUUUUGGUGGUGUUACAUGGGCUAUGCUUGUUGCACGUAUAUGUCAAUUAUAUCCGAAUGCUGUUGCAGCAACAUUAGUACAUAAAUUUUUUCUUGUUUAUUCUCAUUGGGAAUGGCCAACACCUGUUUUACUUAAACCUGUUAAUGAUUGUCGUUAUGGUUUUCCUGUUUGGGAUCCAAUGACAAAUAUAUCUGAUCGUAAUCAUUUAAUGCCCAUAAUAACACCAGCUUAUCCACAACAAAAUUCAACACAUAAUGUAACACAAUCAACACAAAAAAUAAUUAUACAAGAAAUAAAACGUAGUUUAGAUAUUGUUAAUGAAAUAAUGGCAUCAAAAAUUGAAUGGAAACAAUUAUUUAUUGGUACACCAUUUUUUCAACGUUAUAGACAUUAUAUUAUAUUAUUAUUAUCUGCACCUGAUCAAAAUCAAUUUCUUGAAUGGAGUGGUUUAGUUGAAGCAAAAAUUCGUAUAUUAAUUGGAAAUCUUGAAAGAAAUUCAUAUAUUGAUAUAGCACAUGUUAGUUCGGAUAAAUAUACACCAGAUGAAAGUGUUGUUGAUCAAUUACAACAAACAAAUAAAAUAUCAACAGAAAGUGAUAGUACAAAUCGAACGAAUGGACAUAAAAGUCCAGAAUCAUCAUCAACAAAUUCAACACAGCAAUCAUUAUCUCCAUCGAAUACACCAGUUACUUCACCUACAUAUAGUAGUAUGUGGGUAGUAGGACUUCAAUUUAAAAAUGUUAAUAAAGUUCAACUUGACUUAACUGAAGAAAUUCGUUUAUUUUUAAAUGUUGUUUAUAAAUCAUCAGCUAACAGUAACAUGAAUCGAGAAAAUCUUAAUCUUGAUGCACGUUAUAUUCGUCGUCGUGAUUUACAUACAGUCCUACCAAAACAUGCAGUAUCAACAACUAAUAAUAAUAAUAAUAGUCCUCGUUUAUCAAAAACAAUGUCGAUUGAUGAUAAACUUGAUACAAAUACAAAUUCACAAAGAAAGCGACCACUAUUAAAUUCAACAUCAUCUGAUUCAGGUAUUGUUGCUGAUUCAGAUAAUGAGAUAAAAAUCAAACGACAAAAAAUUGAAGAAAUCAAUGAAUCAUCUCCAAAAACAUUAGAAUCAAAUUGUGAUUCAAUUUAA